CUUUACAAUAUAAAAAAAAGUUGUUUAUGCAAUAAAGUUGAUAAAAUAUAAAAAAUUGAAUUAAACGUUAUUUAGUAAAGAUAGUGAAAUAAAAUGGCUCAUCUACGUGAAUCAGCCGAGAAGGCAUUGAAGAUGCUGCGCACACUUCCGCGUGUUCAACUCAGCAAUAUACGACCAAAUCCAAACUCUAAGAAAAAUACUAAACGUGGACGAGCCCAACACAGUGGUGAUAAACAUGGCGCCGGUAAUAAAGGUUCGGGCCAGCGACAAAAUUAUAUGCGUCUUGGUUAUGAAACAGGCAACAACCCCUUCUACCUGCGUUUUCCCUACGAACCAUAUUACAAAGGCCAUCACCUACGUCGUCAAUAUCCACCAAUAUCAUUGUUGCAGUUACAAGUCCUAUUAGACACUAAUCGUAUCGAUUCCAAACAGCCUAUCGAUAUUACAACUCUGUGUAAUUCAGGUCUAUUACGAUUACAACCCGCUAGCAUGGAAUAUGGUUUCCAAUUGACUGACGAAGGCAUUGAUCGUUUUAAAGCGAAAAUCUGUAUUGAAGUGCAGCACGCAAAGGAGUCGGUAAUAGCAGCAAUUGAACGAAAUGGCGGUGUCAUCCGUACAGCUUAUUAUGACCCCAGAAGUUUACAGGCUAUGGUGAAUCCCUCAAAAUGGUUUGAAAAAGGUGUACCAAUACCAAAACGUUUGUUGCCACCACAAGAUGCGGUGGAAUACUAUACGUCCGCUAAAAAUCGUGGUUAUCUCGCUGAUCCCGAGGAAAUAAGUAAGGAGCGUUUAGUAUUGGCACAAAAGUAUGGAUAUGAGUUGCCUCGCAUUGAAGAUGAUCCAGACUAUGAAAUGUUGAUUAGCCAAAAGGAUGCACGUCAAAUAUUCUACGGGCUGGAGCCGGGUUGGGUGAUUGGACUCAAAGAUAAACUUAUAAUUAAAAGUAAAAGCCUUCCUGAAGAGCAGGAAAAUAGAGAAGAGAAAUCUUAAAUGAACUCAUUUGCCGAAGCUGUUUUAUUUACAAUAAAAACACAAUUUGUUUAUGAAAA